AUGCCACUGGUGAAGAGGGGCAUCAGGCCGCAGCACAUGUGUCGGGGGGCGCUGCCCGAGAGAGUGGCCAGUGAACUGGAGUGUGUAACCAACAACACGCUGUCCGCCAUCAUCCGCCAGCUCAGCAGCCUCAGUAAGCAUGCGGAGGACGUGUUUGGUGAGCUGUUCGAUGAAGCAAACACUUUCCACGUGCGUGCGAACUCGCUGCAGGACCGAAUCGACCGGCUCGCCGUUAAAGUCACCCGGCUGGACUCCAGCGUAGAGGAAGUCUCCCUGCAGGACAUUAACAUGCGAAAGGCCUUCAGGAGCGUCACGGUGCAGGACCAGCAGAUCGUGUCCCGAUCCAGCAUCUCCAAUCCUGUAGCUGAGAUGUACGAGAGCUGUGAGAGACCACCACCGCUCAGCAUGCUCUCUAACUACAGAGAAGAUCAGGUGGAUGGAAUGAAGUUCUACACAGAUCCGUCCUAUUUCUUCGACCUGUGGAAGGAGAAGAUGCUUCAGGACACAGAAGACAAGAAGAAAGAGAAGAGACGCCAGAGGGAGCAGAAGAGUUUCGAGGACGGGACGUUACAGCGUGAGAUCAAAAAAGUACGUAAAGCUCGUAAUCGCCGUCAGGAGUGGAACAUGAUGGCGUUCGAUAAAGAGCUACGUCCUGAUCACCAGUAUACUCACAGUGUCCCGUGGGGGGCGCUGUCUGAGGGCGCCCUGUCCCCAAAUGCCAGAACAGACGAACCAAACCUUCCAGGCCACGCCCGUUUUGCGCCCAAUCACACCUCGUCCGAUCGUAACGAAGGGGUGGAGCACGAGUACCAGAGCAUCGGCGAACCAGCUGGUGUGGCUGAUGCUUUCGGUGUUCCUAUCGACUACAGAUUCAACCCGCCACCUCCGCCGCACCCACCCACCGAGGGCGGGGUUAACGGGGACAUCACACUCCCACCAGUGGAUUAUGGUCUGCCGGAGUUUUAUCCCAGUUCAUGUUCUCCUCCAGCUCCCACCUUCAUCCCGUCAUCUCAGACGGCUUUUGCUACCCCGUUAUCUGCUCCGGCUCCUCCCCUUUCCCACCCUGGACCAAUCAGCUCCAUCGUGUCUUAUCCACUUCCACCUGUGCCCUCACCUGGUCCAGCUCUAACUCCGCCCCCUCCCGGACCUCCACCCCCUCCCAUUCCUCCCGCCGUGUCUCAUCUUUCGGGAGCGGGAGAGGGGCGGGGCGGGGAGUCUCCGCCCAUGGCUGAGGGGCGCAGUGACCUGCUGUCUGCAAUACGUAUGGGUAUCCAGCUGAAGAAGGUUCAGGAGCAGCAGGAGCAGAGGGCGAACAGGGAGCACUCCAAUAACGACGUGGCCUCCAUCCUGUCCAGACGCAUCGCCGUAGAGUACAGCGACUCGGAGGACGAAUCGGAACUGGAGGAGAACGAGUGGUCCGACUGA